AUGACUACGCUGUUUUAUCAACAACCAGGUCUCGAAUACACUGUCUAUUCACCCGUCUAUCCAGCGCCCGUAGAAACAGAGUACAGAAUGAUUUCUGGCUAUCUGGACAGCAUCGGUUAUGAUAUUUCGAAAAAGAACAUACCUUCCUACUUGGGCCAUACGUUCCCGGCAUUAUUCAAGUUCUGGUGUAUUAUCCAUGAUGUUAUCCUGGAAUGUUACAAGAAUCGACAAAACCGCUUCCCUGACCAUGAUUCACUUAGCCUUGCUAAAUCUUUUCUUGACAUAUUCAGGCCUUUCAUUCGCUCUUCAGGACACGAGCGUCCCCAGCUGACGACCUUUUCUGCGCCCUAA